CAGAAAUCAAUAUUAUCUAACACAUGCCACGUUCACACUGUCAGUUUUUGGGAUUGACACCCGAUUUCUGCUACUAAUUUAUAGUGUUCUUUGUCUGUUUGAUUACAUCAUUAAUUGAUCUUUACCACACAUCUCUACCAUAUGUACAUCAAGCUACUACUACAUAUAUUGUAAAAAUGUCAAUUUGGUGUAAAGUUGCUUUGCAACUAUUUUAUAGUUUAUACCACUGUAAUUCCAUCAGUAUACGAUUCUACCAUUAGUCAUUCAUUUAAUCUGUGUUGAUAUGUUUUAAGCCAAUUUUAACGAUGUUUUCAUUUGUACAAAGAUAUGUCUGCUGUUGGCAUCAGCACCUAGUUGCUUAAUGAUUUUUACGUUCUCGGUUACUGCGGGGUUGGAGCCUACUUCCGGUCAUCGUAGCCGUUCCAUUGGAAGCUGUUGCUUAAAGUCCCUAACUGUCUGUACGAACGUGCAACGGUAGUCAAGCCCGUAUUCCUUACAAGUAACCAUGGCAACGAACACCAAAGCAAUAUCUAAAAUGACGACGUCCGUAAAACUGAACAUAUUACCUCAACAAUUGUCCAAUCGUGCCACCUUGAUACCAGUCACAUAAUUCUAAUCUGCGUCUAUGCUGUUACCAUUUUCUUCUUGGGUAUACUUGGAUGCCUUUGCCUAAACAAAUAUCGGUCGAUGAAGAAGAUCAUACGGGAGCUGAGGACGGGGAGGUCAGUUGUGAUCCCCCAGGUUUCUUCUCAAGAUUCUCCCCCUCCAUCUCCCAAUGUCCUGAAUAUUCCUGAACUGCCAGAACGUAUUACAGAAAGCCCGUUACAGAGACAACAAACUAAAUCCAGCUGCAGAUUUCCCUGGAAGCCUCCACUACAGGUUCCUCGGUUCACAAAAGCAGACGUGAGUCUUAUUCAGCUCAUAAAGGCAGGUCGAGAAGGAGUCUUCUACAAAGCAAGGAUAAUAAGGGGCACAUGUAGAGGCCAUUCACUGGUCACUUGCAAAAUUAGUAAAGAAGGUAUCACCUCAAAGCAGAUGGAAAAUGAGGUGUCUAUUAUGAGAAAGCUGGCAUAUCAUAAAAAUGUGAUGCAGCUGCUGGACUGGAAUACAUCGGAAGAGCCGUAUAUGCUGAUCAUGGAGUUCAUGAGCUACGGAACCCUGCGUAGUUUUGUUCAGAAAAACAAAGACGAACUGAUUGCUGACCCUGAACUGCAGAGCCAGUUGACCAUCGUGUCCUACCACAUCGCCUUGGCCAUGGAGCACUUGCGCUCCAAAAUGGUGGUGCACUGUGACCUUGCCUUAAGGAACAUUCUGGUGAGCCGAUUCCCAUGGGAAGUGAAGGUAGCAGAGUUUGGCCUGGCCAGAGACUUGACCCGUAUGAGGAGCAGACGUAGCAGCAAGAAAAAACAACACAAGGAGCGCGUGCCACUGCGCUGGUAUCCUCCAGAGUACUUCAGGAACAACUACUACAGCUUUAAGGGAGACGUCUGGGCAUUUGGUAUCGUGUUGUGGGAAAUGCAGACAUUUGGCACAUUGCCAUAUCCAGAUCUGAACACAUCUGAGCAAGUGGUGUAUAGUAUCUGUGCUGGAUCUAAGAACACUGUGCCCAACACCUGCCGUCCAGAAAUUGAACAGGUCAUGCAAGACUGCUGGUUGGAUCCAUACACAUCUAGACCUACAUUUACAGACAUUGUCAAAAUCCUGGAGAAUGUUGUGGAGAGCGAUGGGGAUUACGUGGACGUUGACAACCAAAGGAUGAUGAAUAUAGAGGAAAAGUGAAUUUAAAACACAGAAGAACAUUUUGUAGCAAUUAUUUUAUCACUGUUCUCAUGUAACACCAAACUGUGUGCAGGCAUACAUUUUUGAACAAUGUUUUAUUUAAGGAUUUAAUUCUAUAUAUGUUGCAUUUGUUAGCAGGAAGACAUCACACAACUCUGAGUAACUGUGUUGAUUCAGUCAGUCAGUGUUCAUUGUGAUAAACAUGCACCAAAUAAUUUAACAAUAAAAUAGUUUGAUAUCAGUUUUCAUAAUUAUGUUAUUGAAAACAAGUAUUAUUUGUGGUAUUGUUACAAUAAUAUAUGUAAUAAUAAAAAUAAUUUUGUUAAUGAACAUGAUCAUGUUUACAUAAUUUACCUGUCAUUUGUUGUUUAAUGGAGGUGUGUGCUUGAAUUUUUCACUGUUGUCACUGAUCAUGGAAGUUCUCUUGUAAUUUACAGAUAAUUUGUAUUCUGAAGUUGAACAAAGGUGUUAUGGCUAGGAAUGACAUGAGGGUGAGUAAUUAAUGACAAUUUUU